CAACUUCCUGAAAGAUUGACAGGUCGUGCCUCUUUUGCUCGCUAUUGAAAGCGGCUCCCGUUGUGCGAAGGAAGCGAAAACAACUGACAUCGACAGUCAGUUUUAGUUUUUCACUUUUAAAGAAGUUUGAAACGAGAGUGACUCGGUGUGGAUUUUUUUCACGAGCCUGUGGGGUAUGAGAGUGGUGCGGCCGCGGCAAGCAAAGUAAAAAAGGAGGCAGACCCGCACGUUUGAUGGCUGCUGGGGAUGGAGCCCAGCUGCCGGCCACAGUAGCGGCCAGUCGGAGCGUGGAGAAAGCUCUGGAGGAGGCUGCCACGAGUGGAGCUCUCAACCUAUCCAACCGAAAGCUGAAGGAGUUUCCUCGCAGCGCCAGGAACUACGACCUGUCCGACAUAACCCAUGCAGAUCUAUCUAAGAACCGCCUGUGUGAGCUUCCAGAGGAGCUGUGUCAGUUCAUCUCUCUGGAGACGCUGAGUCUGUACCACAAUGGAAUGCGUUUAUUGUCCCCUAGCCUGGCCAACCUCCAGGCCCUUACCUACCUCAACCUCAGUCGGAAUCUCCUAUCCAGUUUGCCCCCGUCCGUGUUCCAGCUCCCCCUACUGCGAGUGCUCAUUAUCAGCAACAACAAGCUGUCUUCACUGCCCUCCUCCAUCUACUCGCUCACACACCUUCGACAGCUGGAUGUCAGCUGUAAUGAGCUGCAGAGUUUACCAGCAGAACUUGGUCAACUGGAGACUCUGAGGGACUUGAACUUGAGGAGGAACCAGCUCACCACUUUGCCUGAAGAAAUAUCUGAACUUCCACUCGUUCGACUCGAUGUGUCCUGCAACCGAAUUUCCCGCAUUCCUCUGUGUUUCCGUCACCUCCGACAUCUGCAGACCAUCUCACUGGACAGCAAUCCUUUGCAAAUGCCACCGGCACAAAUCUGCUCCAAAGGCAAAUAUCACAUCUUCAAGUACCUGAACAUGGAGGCCUGUAAGAGCCACGAGGAGGAGCUAGAGAAGCACCUCAACAUGAGGCCAACUGGAUUUAAAAGCAGUCUGUCGGACCAGGAGCUAUUUACGGGUCAGUUUGGCGGCCUGGACUCUGGUUUCAACAGCGUGGACAGCGGCAGCAAACGAUGGUCUGGCAAUGAGUCAGCAGAUGACUUCUCCGAGCGUUCUCUUCAGAUGGCGGAGGUCAACCAGAAGCAGAGACACCUUGAGGAGCAGUAUGAAGAGGAUGAUGAGUACCUGGAGGCUAACAAUGUGAAUGGAGCAGCUGAGCAGGUCAGCUUCAUCAGCAGCAGUGUGACAGAGGAGAUCCGGAUAGAUCCACCUACGCCUCCCCUUGUUACCUCUCCUUCGGAGCAGGAUUCAACUUUUCCAUCCCAAAACGAGGACACAACAUGCAGGUCGAGUCCCCAGAUGGAAGGGAACUCCUCCUCCUCGUCCCCUGUGGUCCCCUCCAGCCCCACCCUGGAGGAGAGGAGAAGGCCUGGAACCCUAUUCAUCUGGCAGGAGCGGGAGCGGCUCCAGCAGCAGAGGGAGAAGGCCAGUUUGCUGAAGUCAUCCGCUAAACCCGGAAGUCAUGUGGCCUCUGCACCACAGACAGGAAGCAGCUCAUGUGGUGGCUCACCAGAAAAUGGAAGCGCCCACUCCGGCCUCCGUCAACGAUGUGCAAGUGCUGACCAGAUGAGCACCGGGUCUCCAUCAGUUCUUCUGCAUCGCUCCAGCAGCAGAACAGAUGUGCUGUCCUCUCCGAAGACCUCCUCUCCUCCUGGUCAGGCUCAGAAACCCAACAGUUUCCUGUUUCGCACUUCUUCUCGGAGCAGCAUCAAACCCACAGGGACCACGUUUACUCUGGGAGAGUCUGGCAGGAGUGAAUCUCGCAACACUCUGCGUUCACCAAAGGAGGAGAGAAAAGACCUCACACAACUACGCAAGACCUUAGAGUCUCGACUGAAGACCAGUCUGCCAGAGGACCUGGGCGAGGCUCUGUCCAACGGAACCGUCCUCUGCCAGCUGGUCAAUCAGAUCCGGCCUCGCUCCGUGUCAAUCAUCCACAUCCCCUCCCCUGCAGUGCCCAAACUGAGUUCAGCUAAAUCUCGACUGAACAUUGAAAACUUCAUCACUGCUUGUCGCAAGCUGGGAGUCCCUGAGUCUGAAAUGUGUGUGUGCUCUGAUGUGCUUCUGUGUAAGCUGCCCGGUGUUCUGCGCUGUGUGACAGCCUUGCUGGCUGUGGAGGAGGAGCGCCCCCCCCACCACUGGGCCCCUGCAUCUUCAACUUCCUCCUCCUCUUCCUCGCUGCUGUCGCCAGACUUCCUAUUGUUUUACUGCUGCGUCAUGGCACUCCUCUACGCCGCCUACUGCUAUCUGCUCACCUAGUGCAGCACCUCAGAACCCUGUAGCUGUCUCUGGAGCCAUGUGAGCAGUGUAUGUGUCAAAUACACACCAUGACUGUAGAGCAGAGGCCCUCGACUGCUCUGACUGCUCCGGCUGCAGCCAUGAAGAACACUGACUGGCAGGAUGGAUGGGGAGACAGAGCCAGAUGGAGCUGUGAUUCUAUAAAGCACGGCAUGCUGAGAAAAGUUGCAAGGUGUGUCUGAAACAGAGCUUGUUGGCAGCACAAAGAGAGGCUGGAACAGAAAAACCAGAUCUAACAGAGCUGCAGGAAAUCCUGAACGUUAUUUAGUAGAUCUAUCUGAACUUAUCUGAUAUGAUCUGAGCAGGUAGAUAUACAUGCACUCUGUGUUCAGGGCUGUUCUUUAACUGCUUCAGCUCCAGUUGGAAGCUUGAUCAGAGGCAGCUCACUCUCUGAUGGGUUCAUUUUUCAGACUAAAGGCUGUUUGUCCUUCCCUUCAGUGCGUCAAUGAUAAACAUGCUGCAAACCCAGCAUGUUCAAUAUUUCAUUUUUCCUCUAACGAUGCGGGUCAGUUUGUUGGAGCCCUGGUGGAAAUGUGUAAAAGCAUCAGGAUAAAUGGAUCUUUUAUUGCAGUAGUAUAAACUGACAUUCUGGAGAAAUCCAACUUUUAUUUUGAGGACAUUUAUCCAUUUAUUAGUUGUCACCAUAACAGCAACAGACAAAUCAUUUCCUCCCAGUCUUCUCCAGUAACCUUUAACAGAAUACAGUUCUACAGACAGAGGGAUCAUUUCAGAUCUCUGAUCAUUUCUCUCUCUCCUUCAGAUCAACCCACAGGUUCGCCACAGGGUUUACGUCACCAUGGCAGCAGGUUGACCUUGUGUCUGCUGAACCAUUUCUGUCUCCAUUUAGGUCAUUGUUCUGUGGAAAUAACUAUCUUUUUUCUUCUUCAGGUACACAUUAUCACAUUUUUUAAUUUCAAAUGUUAGCUCAUGAUGUCAUGCACUCAGUUUCUAGGCUCUGGACUACAAAUGGACCCAGGACAUCACAGGUCCUCCACCAUGUUUAACAGCUGGAAUGUGAUUAAUUUUAUAGCAAAGUGUUGUUCCUGAGAAGCUCGGCCUCAUUUGUCCAAAGCUCAGUCCUGCUUAAAGUCUUUGCAGAGUUCAGCAAACUCUACAUGUUAGUUAGUGAUGGUAGGGCAUCACUAGUUAGUGAUGCCCUACCAUCACUAACUAUCAUCACUAACUAGACCAUUGCAACCAUUAGACAGCAAUCUAAUGGUCGUUAUAGAGCUUUUGACUUGUUUCUACCUCCAUCUUCAUCCUGCUCACUGUUUGUGGUGACCAUAUGGCUCCUCAAAAGAAAUGGACCUCUGUGUCACAUCAUAUGUAUUCCCCAGGGAAACAGGAAGUCCUGAAUUACUAACUACAAGUUCCCAGAAACUCUGGUCAACUUAAAAGGUUACAUAUGAUUU